AUGGAGGGUCCUGAUUCUGUAUGUUCAGAUGCUGAUACAAUAGUUUCUGAAGAAUCUCAGCAAGGUGGUUCUAACUCUGAUGUACCAGGUAGUGGUGAUGAUGAAUUUAGUGGUGUAACAAGUAGCGAUGAUGAGUCCAACAAAGAAUAUAGUGCUAAAGAGUUAGAAUCUGAUACUGACUGGCAACACUCCAGUGCGUUCCAUGACGGGGGAGUGGUGAGAGUAGACGCGUCUCGGACGGUACGCUACGGUUAUAUCCACUACAAACAACGCAAGAUUCUCUUCUACUACAAAGGUAGACCAAGGAACUACCGCGGAGUUAGAGUAGUACGAUCUAGAGGGUCUGUGUUCCAAGCUGGCUCUAGAGGUUGCUACUACCACGGUAAACUAGUUCGGUUUGGUGCGAGCUGUGUAGUUACUAAGUGUAACGUGUGUAGUUGUAGUGCUAGCAACGGGUUCGCGCACCUCAAGUGCCAUACUGACAGAAAGUGUCUGCUGGAUAAUAUGAGAAGACCAGCAGUGAGGGGUAAAGGGUACGGAGUAGACGCCAGGGGCUGCAGAUACCAGGGAACUAUCAUUACUUUUGGAGCUGUCUCUAGAGUUGCUAAGUGUAAGGUGUGUGGUUGCUAUGGAACAGCCAGCUCAGCAACAGUGAAGUGUCAGAUAGACAUUGCCUGUCUAAGAGGGUACUGCUUGUACCGAGGGUAUAAGAUACCGUAUGGUAGAUCUCUGGUGGCGGGGUGUAAACUGUGUUCUUGCACCCGAGUUGGAGGACUCAGCAAAAUAAUUUGCAAAACAGACGAGAACUGCCUCAAAAGAUCAGCUAACUUCGCCUCCACAGAACCCGUUAUCACUACACCUAGCACCGACUUCAUCUCCCCUUCCCGCUCUCACUGUCUGUUUCAGGGAAACCCAGUAAAGUUCUACCACUCCAUCCUGGUCAACAAGUGCCAGUCCUGCACGUGCGUGCCGCGCCGCGCAGUCCCUACUUUCUACUGUCAUAAGACUGCUGCUUGUAGGGCCGAGACUCAAGUUGUGUCCAACACAGAGGAAGAUAAAGACAAAGUAUGUCAUUACAAGGGACACGGUUAUUACACGGGGGAGGUGGUGAAAGUGGAGCACGGCAAAACAUGUGUGUGUGCCAAAGUGGGGCCUAGUCCUGUUAUCAGGUGUCACAGAAAGCUACCAAUAUCUACACAUAUACGCUACGUAAAGCAGAAGGAACCAACUGACAGUGGUGAGAUUAGUAAGGGACACAGUGAUAAGGUCGUAGAUCAAACUGAGGAUGUCUUCAGGAACAAGUACGGUUGUUUCUACAAGGGACAGUUUGCAAAGUACGAUCACACAAUACAGCUGGGACAGUGCCACAACUGUAUUUGCAGACGCAAGCCUCACAAGAUGUUUCUUUGCCAGAAACGGGAACGGUGUGCUCCGGGUAAAGAAGAAAAGAAAGAAAAGAAGUGUGCCUGGGCCGGAGUGAGCUACACAUUAGGACAAUCCUUCAGACUACCCAAGUGUAGGGUGUGUUCCUGUGUUAGAGGCAAGGGGACUCCUGUGGUGAGGUGCCACUUUGAUGAGGACUGUAGACAGGGAGCAUCAAGACAGCUAUCAGGCAGUACGAUGACGUGUCACUACAACGGAGCAAGCUAUGCUCCAGGCUCUCUCUUCGCCACUACAACUUGCCGCACGUGCGUGUGUACCAGCAAGAACAGCCAGCCCAGGAUCCUCUGCCGGUACAACCCUCAGUGCUUUAGUGACCGGUACGUUCACUCUGACGUGCAGUAUGAUGGGGUGUUCGUUAACGGGAGGAGAGUUGCUGACAGACCUGGCAGUCCUGUUAACCCCUUCCUCCCUGAUGGCAGUGGUAGGACCUUAUCUGAUGUAUCAGGACGUCCUAAGACGAUGUCGCGUGAUCAGUUAGUUCACGGAUCUGGAGGUCCUAUUCAUCACAGCCAGGUAGAUCAGGCUCGAACUGUUCCUGUUGAGGUCCAGGAGCAACCUGUUCGUCCAGAAGGUUCUAAAGGUCCCAUUAGAACAUCGGACCACUACUUUGGUCCUAGUAGAAGACCUAUCCGACGUCCUAGUCGCCGCCCUAACCAAAGUACUGAAUCUGGAGGUCAGAAGAAACGUCCACAAAGUGUUCCCCCUAAACCAAGUAGUAAGAGUCAAGGUUCUGGUGAGGGUCAAGGUACGACCCAGCACACUGAACAGCUAGGAAAUGGAGACACUCCUCUCACUGGAGACACUCCUCUCACUGGAGACACUCCUCUCACUGGAGACUCUCCUAAGAGGGUUACAGGCCCAGUCUGCAGAUACAAAAGUCGUAACUACUCCCAACGCUCCGUCCUACAACUUAAGAAAUGUACCUUAUGUAAAUGCUCGAUGAGUGGCAAAGUGCCUGUGUUCCGUUGUAAGAACAGCUGUGUCUCCACUUCUCCCAUCAGUGGAGACUCAACUACUCGCUCCCCUCCAAGUAGUUUAAACACUUCAUCAAUGACUGGAGAGGUCCCCAGUGGGGAGGUCCCCAAGAAGAGCAGUCCUACUCGACCCACGGUGGUUAAAACUACAGAUAACUGUAUGUUGGGUGGGCAGGUUGUCACGUUUGGUAGUAAGAUCCAGUACGGACGAUGUAACCACUGUAUCUGUGUAAAGAGUAGGGAGGGUCCCCUAUUCCUCUGUGAUGAUCUUAAAGGUUGUGAGGAGGAGAGAACCCUACCCAGCGGCUCCACUACAACUCUCUACGGAGACGGCAAGGGAGUGGUGGAGGACCAGACAGGAGACAACACUGUUGUAGAGAAAGAGACAAAAGUGAUCAGAACUGUUGUUACACAGGAAAAAACCAGGGGUUGUAUGUACAGAGGGAGUCUGGUGCCGUUCUCAGGCAAGAUCAAGAUCCCACCCUGUCAGAGUUGUACUUGUGUAGAACAGGAAGGUAAACACCCUGUAUUCGUGUGUAAAGAUACUUGUAACAGUGAGAAGAAGAGCACAGGACCCACCAGAGGUGGUUACAGAGACACUGGGGGACGGACUAAUAAAGAUGACAACAGAUGGGGGUCCAGGAAACAACGGUUCCAUAUUGAUAACAAACACGACAGUAAUGACGUUCACUCUAGCAGAUUUGGUCAUUUCCGACACGGGCCACCUCAACAUUUUGAUAAAAACAGUAAACCUGCCACUCCAAAUAAUUCAAAACAAGAAACCAAGAUAUUCGAGUUCUCCAAAACGGUGGACGCUGGAGUGAGUGAUGGUUCCAGCACGUGGAGCACAGCUGCUGAUAAGAGAAGAAACACUCCCAUUACAACGGGGGGUAUACAGAUAGGGUACGCUAGUAACCCUUCGAUCGGGGAGAGCAACACUCGGGACAUCAUCAACACUCACAGUGAAGGGUACCGAGCAUAUGGGUUUGGUAGAGUAAAGAGAACCAAGUUUGGAAGGGGAUAUGUGGUCAGCGAGGAUAGGGGAGAUUCUGUCUGCAGUUACGGAGGAAUCACAGUGCCAGUAGGUAGCCGAGUGUUCAUCUCCAGCUGUAAGCUGUGUAAGUGUGUACAGCCCAUCUCUCCUCAUCAUGGUCCUAGACUCGUGUGUUACUGGAGAAAACAGUGUGUUAGAACCGCUCCUGUGCCAGGAUGUCACGUGAGUGGUGUGGUUGUACCCCGGAACCAGCAGUACAGCGUGGGAAGGUGCACUGCUUGUAGUUGUCAUUACGGUUUCAACGGCUUUCAGGCCUCCUGCUCGCGUGAUCACCAGUGUGACGCCUCUCAAUCCAGACGAGUGUCCAGGUUCCAGGUCCCUACGGAGCUACCAGUAGAGGAGUACGAGGACCCAAAGUUUAAGUCUGGGUGUAGACUAAAUGAUGGGAAUGUGGUAAUGGAGGGGGACAGUCUCCUCGACAAGGGGAACUGCAGGACAUGUCGAUGUAGCAGACAGAGACUAAGUUGUGAGAAGAGGUCGUGUGGUAGUGUUAAACAUGCUGCAGGCUGCUUUCUCGGUGAUCAUCAGAUCAAACAAGGCAGUCACAUAGGCCGAGGCUGUAAGAGGUGUACUUGUAAUGGUUUCGGAGUGUUCGUCUGCAAGUUCGAUUACAACUGUGUGACAAGACACACCCGUCCCUCUCUGAACUGUUUCACCGGAGAACACAAAGUACCACACGGUACCACGGCUAAUAUCGGCUGCAAGACCUGCUCUUGUCGAAGAGGACAGCUUACUUGUCAUCAUAGAACAGCCUGUUCUGGUGGACAUGCAUCAAACCCACCACAAAACCCGCCGCAAAACCCGCCGCAAAACCUGCCCCAAAACCUGCCGCAAAACCCGCCGCUAAACCUGCCCCAAAACCAGCCCCAGAACCAGCCCCAAAACCUGCCGCAAAACUUGCCCCAAAACCAGCCCCAAAACCUGCCGCAAAACCCGCCCCAAAACCAGCCCCAAAACCUGCCGCAAAACCCGCCCCAAAACCAGCCCCAAAACCUGCCCCUAAACCUGCUAAAGAGCCCUCAAAGCCCCACGAAAAGGAUGAAGAAGAAAAGAGAGAAGGAGAAGGAGAAGGAGAAGAAGAGAAAGGAGGAGAGGGGGAAGAAUAAAGAGAAAGGGAGGUAGAAAGAGAGGAAUAGAUAAAUUCUAAAGGUCGUCCAAACAUCAGCCGAGCGCAUAUAUUUCGUAUCAGUCUCUGGAAUGUUACGUGAUUAAAGCUAGAAACUGUCAAACAGAAAUUGCUGAAUUUUCAUUAGAGAAACGUUGUAUACUGUCCUAAAAAUUAAGUUUUAACUUUUACCGAUUGAUCGUGUAAAGAUUUGACUAUUGCAAUAUUUUCUAAGAUGCAACUUUUAAUCAUUGAAUGGGAAUUUUCUAUGAUCUUUGAUAUCUCUG